AACACAACCAAAUAAAUUAAUUAAAAGGCAGCAGAAGCAGAAGCUGCUGACCAUUUUCUUUUCCAGAAGCUUGUCUGCUCGCUCUCUCUCCCUCUCAUUUCUGCUUUUCUUUCUUUUCCAAAACACCAACGACAUAUAUCUACACAAGAAGGAGAGGCUAAGCCAGAUAGAGAGAGAAAGCAAGAAGUUUGAAUUUGAGAGAGGAGAGAGACAAAGAGUGUGGAAGAGGGAGAGGGAGAGGGAGAGGGAUCAUCAUCUUCAUCUUCACCUUCGCCAUCAUCAUCAUCAUCACGACGGCAAUGGGGCUGAGGAAGGCAGCGAAGAAGAUGGUUGUGGCAGCCUGUGCCUCCUUCUCCAGGAAGCAAGCUCUGGUCGACCCCUCGGUUCUUGACACUACCCAUCAUAUCUCGAAAUCUUCAGCAAUGUCUCCCCUGAAGCAAGAAAACAACAUCUCAGGAAACGCAGAGGAAGCAGAAGAACCCAACAAGAACAAGAGCAACGCCUCUUCUAAGAACAUCUGUGCGAUAUGUUUGGAUCCUCUGAGUUACAGCACGGCUAGCAGCCCGGGACAGGCCAUAUUCACGGCCCAGUGCUCCCAUGCCUUCCACUUCGCCUGCAUCUCCUCGAACGUCCGCCAUGGGAGUGUCACUUGCCCAAUCUGCCGGGCGCACUGGACCCAACUGCCCCGCAACUUGAACCCAUCUUUCUCCCUGGCCUGCAACCGGACGGACCCGGUCCUCCGGAUCCUCGAUGACUCCAUCGCCAACUUCCGGGUCCAUAGGCGAUCGUUCCUCCGCUCGGCUCGGUACGAUGAUGACGACCCGAUAGAACCUGACAGCUCAUUUAACUAUCCUCGCCUUGAUUUCAGUUUGAUGCCAAUCCAGCCUGUGUACCCGAGCUUCCAUUCGUACCAUCCUUGUGAAAUUACAACCCUGCCAGUACAUAACAACUUGACAGGGUCCUCUUCAUUAUUGCACCAACUACCGCGCAAUUACGCACCGGUUCGCUCCUCGCGGAGAGCUUACCUCUCAGUGAAGCUGUCCCAUCAACAAGCAACAGACAUGGUCCUAGUUGCAAGCCCCAAUGGACCACAUCUCAGGCUUCUCAAGCAAUCCAUGGCCUUAAUAGUCUUCUCUCUAAGGCCCAUCGAUCGGCUUGCAAUCGUUACAUACUCAUCAGCUGCUGCCCGUAUCUUUCCGCUCAAGCGAAUGACUUCAUAUGGGAAGCGAGCAGCCUUACAAGUGAUCGACCGCCUCUUCUACACGGGACAGGCAGACCCCACCGAAGGGUUCAAGAAGGGAAUCAAGAUCCUCGAGGACCGGGCCCACAAGAACCCUCACUCGUGCAUACUGCACCUCUCCGAUAGUCCCACAAGGUCUUAUCAUUCUAUGAACACCGAGACUCCAAUCCCAGUCCACCAGUUCCAUGUUGGUUUUGGCUUCGGGGCGUCGAACGGGUUCGUAAUGCACGAGUUCGAGAAGUUCCUGGCUCGAGUCCUGGGAGGAGUUAUCAGAGAAGUGCAGCUGAGGAUCGGCGAAGAAGGCUCAGUCAUCAGGCUUGGGGAACUGAGGGGCGGGGAAGAGAGGAGAAUCGUACUGGACUUGCGCGAGGAUGAACAUGUUUGCAUCGCGUAUAGCUACGCAGAAGGCGGGACCGGGGAAUGUAUGAGGACAGGGGAAGCAGUGGUGAGUGUUGGGGACAAGAGGGAGAGAAGGGAGAGUAGGACCGAAGGUGGAGUGGGGAGAGAUGUGAGCAUUAUUGGUGGGAGGAGCAGUUGUGUUGAGAGCUGGGACUACCAUGACCCUUUCAUGGCUAGAAGAUGGGCUAAGCAUUUGCAUGGCUAUAGGCUCUAAAUCAUCGCAUCUCAUCAAUUGUUAAAGAAGAAAUGCCAUUUCAAGGUUCAAUUACAUAAUACAUGAAUUUGAGUUUAAAACUCAGAAUUGGGUUUUCA